AUGGGAGGACCAAAAAUUCGUAAGAAAUUUCAAAUGACCCUUAUGAAUAUUAUAAAAAGAAAAUACAAUUGUGCAAAUGUUAAAGUUGAGAGAGAAUAUAAAAAAAUAAAUAGAUUCAUGUAUUAUAUUCAAGCAUGUAUAGAUGAAGAAUAUGAAAAGAAUAAAAAUUUACUGUGCUUUAAUAAUAUGUCUUAUCAACAGAAUAAUUACCAUAUGUUAUUCUACAUACAUAUGUUAAGAAUCUCUUACCUUUUAAAAAAUAUGACGGUAAAUGAAUGUAAAUGGUUAUAUAUAUAUAGAAAAAUUACAACACUCUAUUUUAUAGAAGAACAAAAUUUUCUUAUAAAGAAAAAUGAAAAAAAUGAAAAAAAUGAAAAAAAUGAAAAAAAUGAAAAAAUACAAAAUAAUGAAAAAAUACAAAAUAAUGAAAAAAUACAAAAUAAUGAAAAAAUACAAAAUAAUGAAAAAAAACAAAAUAAUCAAAAAAUACAAAAUAAUGAAAAAAAACAAAAUAAUGAAAAAAAACAUAUUCUUAUUAAUAAUGAUAUGCAAAAUACAUCACCUCAUACAAUAGAAACAAAAAUAUGCAAUAAAUAUAACCUCUUCACAUUACAGUCAAAUUAUGUAUUUGUAUAUGAAACAAUAUUAAAUAAAAUACAUAAUUAUUUAUCUAUAUAUAAUAUAGAUGAUAUGUUAUUGUUGUUAAAUAUCUGUGAUCGUUUCUUUCGUAUCUUCUUCACUAUAUAUAAUAAAAAUAAUAAUCACAAACGUAUGAAUAAAUUAAAUUAUAUAUAUAUUUAUUCAAAUGAUUAUAAUUAUAAUUAUAAUUAUAUUCAUAACAAUAAUUAUAAUGAUAAUUUUAAUAAUUAUUAUUAUUAUUCAAAUAUAAGAACAAAGGGAAAUGAUAACAUAUAUAAACAAAGAAGUAAUCAUAAAGAUAUAUUUAUUAAUCAAUAUGAUGAUAUAUAUUAUCUAAAAUAUCAUCAACUAUUUAUAAAUACCAUAAAUUUAAUGGCAAAUAUAUUAGAUACAAUAAAUUAUAAGAUUCUAAACCCUAUUCAAUUAAUAGAACUUAUCAAUAUAUUUUAUAGAAUAACAAAAAAAGGAAUAAUAAAUGAAAAGCAUAUAAUUAAAUUAUUUGACAAUUUUAUACAAAUAUAUAAGGAUAUAAAAUGUAUGAAUACAUAUAAUGAUAUAAUUUUUAAAAUAAUCAAUAUAAUGUAUAAAUCUAAAAUUAUUAAUUCUAAUAUAGUCUGUCCAUUUGUUAUACAAAUGAAAAAUAGGAACAUAUACAAAUAUCCUAUGAAUAUGUUUUUUUUUGAAAUAUAUUUAAAAAUAUUAACAUUAAUAAAUAUACAACCAUAUAAUUUAUAUCUUUAUAAUUGUUGUAAACAAUAUAUAUUAAAUAAUAUAUAUAAUAUACAUCCAUCAAAAGUAUAUAACUUCUUCUUUAUAUCAAAUUUAUUAGGAAUAUAUAAUAUUUCAAUUAUAAAUAUCUAUAUAAAUUAUAUUUUUAAAACAAAAAAUUCACAUUUGAAUAUUUCUUUAACACACAAAAUUUAUUACACUCUAUUAGGAUGGAGCAUUAUAUAUAAUACAAUUCUUAAAAAUAAAUAUAACCACAAUGAACCUAACAUCAAAAUUAUACUCAUAAAUUUUAACAACAAAAAUAUUCACUAUAUAUAUGAUAAUAAAUGGGUACAUCUUAAUUCUUAUUAUGAUUAUCCAUUUAUGAGGUUGAAAUAUUUAUUACAUUUUUAUAGAAACAAAUUGAUAUAUUUAAAGGAAAAAAAAAAACAAACAAAAACAAACAAAAAUAAUAAAAUAAAUAAUACGCAUAGGAAAUAUAACAAUGGAAGUAAUUAUAGUACACAUAAUAAUAAUAAUAAUAAUAUGGAUAAUUAUGGUAGUAGUACGUAUGUACCUUUAAAUAAUAAUAAUAAUAAUAUUCCUAAUAUACACAAAGCAAAAGAGAAUUACCAAUUCAAUCAAUUUUCCAUUUUUUCCAUUUUGAAGCAAUAUUUUCCUAACAUUAUUAAUGAAUAUAAAACAAAUGAACUAAUCUCUUUAGAUAUAUUUCUACCUAUGAAUAAACAAUAUUGUUCUAAAAAUAUUGCUAUAGAAUUCAACGGAAGAACACACUAUAAUUUAUUAAUUAAUAAAACAAGUUCAUAUCAACACACAUAUAACAUGCUUGAAAAUUAUAAUACAAAAUAUAAAAAAUGGCUUUUAUCAAACUAUGCAUUCCAUAUCAUAUAUAUUCCUUAUUAUAAGUGGAACAUGUUAACUCAUAAACAAAAAGAAAAAUAUCUUAUGAAAGCUAUACACACCUAUUGUGAUUUAAAGGAUAAUAUACACACACCUUGA